UCUAUUAUGACAUUUCGCUGAUAAACAAUACACAGAAAAAGGGGGAAUUGUUUCACAGUUGACAACACCCAUCAAUAAUAAGUCUUGGAUUUGUGAACGAGAUGGAUAAUUUAUCAUGGAAAUCUUUUAUAAAUUAUGCAGCAAAAUUUCCACAGUGACAUAAUAACGAUGAAAUUAUAGAUUUCGGAUGUGUGAUCUCCCCACUGAACAGGUAAAGCUUGUUUGGUCUAGAUGUCUUCGUAAGAAUGACUAUCAGCCGAUACCUUGUCUAGGUAGCUUGGCGGGGCCAUCCAUAUUGCCAGUAGGUAACCGACAGUGCGUGCGUGUGUACCUGUAGUUAAAGUCGGUCUUGUGUAAGCACGUGUGUGUAUAUAUAAACCUAAAUAAUUACGUCUAUAUCUCCGCAUGACAAUGACAGGUGCAUUUAACUCGUAUUGAAAGCUACUCGACAAAUGUGAGAACAUUCCAAUAGUAAUGAUGUGUCCACAUUAGGUAUAAUAUACAGUACGCACUCAGCGUGUACUGUACUGGACACUUGAGGAAGACAUACCCGGAUAAGUUUUGUCUGUAGACAGCAGGAGAACGCCUUACAGGGGAUAAUUACAUGGCACGUGGGGGUGUGGUACCAUAGCUACAACAUGUGAACAUAAUUUCUGUAUUUUCGGUAACAAACACUUGAGGAUGAUGAAUACAAGACGACAGUCGAACUGGAGAUACAUGGACGUAUUACUUACAUUGUGAACGAAAGUAAUAUGUAUUUAAAAGAAACUGCACGUGAGCCUUUGGAUACUGAGGGCUAUAAUUAAAGUUAAAUGUAGACAAACCUUUAAGACACUGACAGUUAGAUAUAUUGUGUUAUGAGAGAACACAUGUUAGAUCUUAACAAGAGGAACUAACUUCGAUAUUACAAAAUGGGAUUUAAAGAAAGAUUGAAAACUGAGUUCUCGUUUUCUAAUCUAAUGAUGACACACCCUGAGCCACACCUUUUCGUAACGAUGCAGUGCGGGCCAGUGCACCUGUACCCAAUAUGGUCAUUACUAUGGUCACUCUAUCACUUCGCAUGGAUUAUAAUGGACAUCUACAUUGCCGCAACAGACGAACACGACGAAGGUCGCUACUUCAAAUAUUUGACCAACUGGGGUUAUUUGUUCCUGGUCAGCUACCAGUGGCUGGAUACUGUUUCCGCAAUGUACAUCCAUCUCCGUCGUAAGGAUCUUAUCAAAGGCGGCCAUGACGCAAUGCCCUGGUAUUUGAAGGUCGUCUGGGUUCUAUACAACAUCACCAACUCUCUCGCCGUAAUCAUCACAAUGAUGUACUGGAUGCUGAUUGGUUCAUCUGUACAUGCCGAAAGCAUCAGUAAGCAUGCUUUGAACCUCAUCUGUGUUCUCUUCAACAUUUGUUUGACGGCCACGCCUAUCCGUUUAUGGCACGUCUAUCAACCUGUCAUCGUCUGUUUCAUUUAUCUCAUCUUCUCCAUCAUCUACCAAAAAGCCGGAGGAGGACUUAUAUAUAACUUGUUGGAUUGGGAUAAGCCAGGCUCUUCGCUUGGAAUCACACUUCCACUCCUACUCAUAGCGGUGCCUUUGGCGCACCUGUGCUUUUUUGGUAUUUAUAAGGCAAGGACAGCAUUUGCUAAGCAGUUUUGUACAGGUAUAAUAUCCACGGUGAAACCAGUGGAAGAAGAGUGUUCCAAGGAGGAGGACAAAGACUGUAUCAAGGAAGAAGUGCCGAACGUAGUGACAGUAGACGACCUUACGAAAGAGACAUUUAGUCUACAUCUAACACCAGGGACUACCCAGAGGUCUAUCAAUGUAUCAAUGACUCCCUCUCCUAUACUGGGCUUUGUCAACACCGAGCCAGAACCGACUCCAUAGGAUUACCAUUCAGUUUGGAGUAACAAAUACAUGUUACACAUGUUUUGUACACAAAUAGCUUUGAAAAACAAAUCUUGUACAAAAUAAUCUUGGCAUACAAUCAUUAUAUUGUGUUAUAUUCUAUUUAUAAGUUUGUUGAAAUAAAACGAAAUGUUGACUA